AUGUCUACCAUACCUGCCUUGGCUUAUAAUGAUGCAGAGAAAGGGACACUAGAUCUCCAUUCUCCUCAGCUUGCCAAUCUCGCAAAGGACGAGAAGAAGGCAGCAGACAUCGAGGUGUUCGCCGUACAGUCUCUCAAGAAAGAUGCACCGGUCACUCCCUCAAACGUCGCGAAGCCGCCGCCAGCCCCUGUCAAACCAGCAAAGCAUAAAACACCCCUGUGGGUCCUCUGGAUAAUCUGGUACAACAGUUAUAGGCGGUUUUUCACUGUGGUGUUCACAGUCAAUUUCAUUGGACUUGGUUUUGCCAUUGCUGGAAAAUGGCCAUACGCAGCAAAAUAUCCUGGUGCUUUGGUCGUUGGCAAUUUGAACGUCUCAGUUCUUGUGCGUAACGAGAUAUUUGGGCGAUGCUUGUAUUUGUUCGUCAACACCUUCUUCGCCAAGUGGACUCCUCUAUACUUCCGCCUUGGGUGUACCUCAACUUUACAGCAUCUUGGUGGAAUCCACAGCGGAUGUGCAAUCUCCGGAGUAGCUUGGAUAAUCCUCAUGGUCGUGCAUCAAUUCAAAGAGAAGUAUCUGUUCAACGAUUCCAUUCUUGCUUUCGGUAUAAUCACCACAAUUGUGUUGUUCAUCACAAUUUGUGCUGGUCUUCCGUGGGUCCGGAAUACUCAUCAUAAUGUGUUCGAGCGUAACCACCGUUUCUUCGGAUGGACUUCCUUGUGCAUGACCUGGAUUUACACUAUCGUGACCAAUGCUUAUGACACUGCGGAUGGAAAGUUCGACCACGUCGGGAGAUACGUCGUUCAACAGCAAGCCUUCUGGUACACAAUUGGAAUGUCCACCUUCAUUGUUCUACCUUGGAUUUGCACGAGACACGCCAAGGUCGACAUCGAACUACCCUCUCCCAAAGUCGCUGUUCUCCGCUUCGAGCGUGGCAUGCAACAGGGUCUGCUUGCUCGUAUUAGUCGCUCAGCUGUCAAGGAAUAUCACGCUUUCGGUAUCAUCUCCGAGGGUACUCAUGCAAAGUAUCACUACCUGAUUUGCGGUGUGCAGGGCGAUUUCACCAAGAGCCUGGUCAACGACCCGCCGAGAAGGAUCUGGACUCGUGAGCUGAAGGUCGCAGGUGUCUCUAACACAUCGAGGCUUUACAAGCGUGGAAUCCGUAUCUGCACUGGUACUGGUCUUGGUGCUGCCCUUUCUACUUGCAUUCAGUCUCCUUACUGGUACCUGAUUUGGAUCGGUGCGACAAUUUGGACCUCUGGCAUAUGCAUAUCACUGACGUUUCUGCAGGCUCUGAUCAAGAAAAGACUUUCGGCCCAACCAUUAGUGGUCUCAUUCACAGACACGUUGGUCAAGAGCGUCUCCUCCUUUGGGACUUCCAAGCUCCGUGGUGGUCGUCCACCCACCAUGAAGAUCUUGAAGGAGGUAUACGAAUACUGGCAGGCAGAGGUUGUCUUCAUCACCUCCAACUACGUGGGUAACUUUGAAAUCCAGCAUGGCUGCAAGGAAGCUGGGAUUCCUUGCUUCGGAACUCUUUGGGACUUUGUGAGUGACCCUCCAGAAUUUAGUCGCUGA